AUGGCUGAGCAAGACAAAUCAGCUGGAUCGGCUGGACCGGUGGGACCGGUCGAAUCCAAGAGCGGAAUGCCACAGGCUGAUGUUGACUUCCUCAUCGCCUGCCUGAAGAACACUACGGGCGGUUCGAUUUCGAUUGAUACGAAGGCCGUCGCCGACGCUUUGAAAUACCAAAACCACCGCUCAGUUGGCAACCGUAUCUCGGCUUUGAAGAAGAAGUACGAUCUUCCAUUUGGCAGCAGCAGCAACGGCAAGGGCAAGGCAAGCGACGCAGCCGGUCCCAACGAGUCUGCAAUCCCAGUUACCCCCAACAAGAAUCGUGUCACCAAACCCAAGACCCCUGGCACUGGAAGCGCUCGCAAGAAGGCCGCUUCCAAGAAGGUGAAGAAAGAGGAGCCUAAGUCUGAGGACGAGGAAGCCGUUACGACCAGUGCUGCCAAUUCCAUCGCUGGGUUCGCCGUCAAGAACCCUGGCCUUGGCCUCGACGUUCCGCUUGACGAGGAUGAAGCUUUAUUUGGCACCGCUGACGAGGGCGAGGAUGAGAAGCACUCCGAUGGCGAGGCUUAG